AUGGUAAACCUCAGCGAUGUUAAGGGAAAUUCCCGCGACAAUCGAACUUCUACGCAUACACAUAUCAAAGGUCUUGGACUUCGAAAUGAUGGCUCUGCUGAGAAGCAAGCCGGUGGAUUUGUUGGCCAAACUUCAGCUCGAGAGGUGGGUUGGCCUUGUGGUGUGGUUGUCGACUUAAUUCGUUCCAAAAAAAUGGCUGGCCGAGCUAUUUUACUUGCAGGAGGACCUGGAACAGGAAAGACAGCUCUCGCUCUAGCUAUCAGUCAAGAGCUUGGAACAAAAGUACCAUUCUGCCCCAUCGUCGCAAGCGAAGUAUACUCGACGGAAGUCAAGAAAACAGAGGCGCUCAUGGAAAACUUUCGACGAGCCAUUGGUCUGAAAGUUCGCGAAACGAAGGAGGUUUACGAGGGCGAGGUUACAGAAUUAACACCAGAGGAAGCUGAAAAUCCAUUGGGAAGCUAUGGAAAGACUAUCAGCACAUUGUUGAUUGGAUUGAAGAGCGCCAAGGGCCAAAAGAAGUUAAGAUUGGAUCCAAGCAUCUACGAAGCUAUACAGAAAGAAAAGGUUACAGUUGGAGAUGUUAUUUAUAUCGAAGCCAAUACUGGAGCCUGUAAACGUGUUGGCAGAUCGGAUGCGUAUGCGACCGAAUUCGACCUGGAAGCGGAGGAGUAUGUGCCAAUACCAAAGGGAGAAGUUAACAAGAAGAAGGAGAUAGUACAGGACGUUACUUUAACAUGA